AUAGCCUGGUGCACAAGAUGUGGUUGCAAUCCCGCCGCGAUGAACGCGAGCGUAUCUGCGCUCAACGACUCCCAAGUGGUGGCAGUGGCGGCCGAGGGUGCGGCGGCAGUGGCCACCGCAGCAGGAGCGCGGGACACCGCUGAAUGGGGGCACCCGGCAGCCGCAGCGGCGGCGGCGCUGGGGGGCGGCGGCGCAGCUAAUGCGUCGCUGGAGUUGUCUUCGCAGCUGCCAGCGGGGCCGCCGGGGCUGCUGCUCUCGGCAGUGAAUCCAUGGGACGUACUGCUCUGCGUGUCUGGGACGGUGAUCGCAGGCGAAAAUGCCCUGGUAGUGGCGCUCAUCGCGUCUACCCCUGCUCUGCGCACGCCCAUGUUCGUGCUGGUGGGCAGCCUGGCCACCGCCGACCUGCUGGCGGGCUGCGGUCUCAUUCUGCACUUCGUAUUCCAAUACGUCGUGCCCUCAGAGACCGUGAGCCUGCUCACUGUGGGCUUCCUUGUGACCUCGUUCGCUGCCUCAGUCAGCAGCCUGCUGGCCAUCACGGUGGACCGCUACCUGUCCCUCUAUAAUGCACUCACCUACUACUCCCGACGGACCCUGUUGGGCGUGCACCUCCUUCUUGCUGCCACCUGGACAGUGUCCUUAGGCCUCGGGCUGCUGCCGGUGCUUGGCUGGAAUUGCCUGGCGGAGCGCGCCGCCUGCAGCGUGGUGCGCCCGCUGACGCGCAGCCAUGUGGCGUUGCUCUCUGCCACCUUCUUUGCGGUCUUCGGCAUCAUGCUGCACCUGUACGUGCGCAUCUGCCAGGUGGUCUGGCGGCACGCACACCAGAUCGCGCUGCAGCAGCACUGCCUGGCGCCACCCCACCUUGCUGCCACCAGAAAAGGUGUGGGAACGCUGGCAGUGGUGCUGGGCACUUUCGGUGCCAGCUGGCUGCCCUUUGCCAUCUACUGCUUGGUAGGUAGCCACGAGGACCCAGAUGUCUACACCUACGCCACCCUGCUGCCCGCAACCUAUAACUCUAUGAUCAAUCCUAUCAUCUAUGCCUUCCGCAAUCAGGAGAUCCAACGGGCCCUGUGGCUCCUCUUUUGCGGCUGUUUCCAGUCCAAAGUGCCCUUCCGCUCCAGGUCCCCCAGUGAGGUCUGA